CCCUCCGGCUCCUCCCCGCGGUGCCGGGCCAUGGCGGGGCGGCUGCUGCGCGGCUGCGGGCGGGCGGUAGCGGCGGGCCGGGCCCUGGUGCCCCGCGCCCUCCCCGCCGCGCCCGGGCUGUGCCCCCGCCGCGGCUGCGGGGAGACGGCGGCGCUGCGGGCCAUGGGCUUCAGCGAGGAGCAGGCCCGGCGGCUCCUGGGGCUGGAGCCCCGGCUCGGCCUGCAGCGCCGGGAGGCGGCGGCGGCGCAGCUGCUGCUGCUGGGGCUCAGCGCCGAGGCCGCCCUGGGCCUGCUGGAGCGGAUCCCGGCGGUGCUGCGGAUGCCGGCGGAGCGGCUGCAGGAGCGCACGGCGGAGCUGCGGCGCCUGGGGCUCGACGGAGGUCAGCUGCAGCGGGCGGUGAGCCGCUGCCCCCAGCUCUUCACCUUGCCCCGGAGGAGGAUGGCGGCGGCGGUGCGGCUGCUGCGGGAGCAGUGUCUCUUCACGGCGGAGCAGCUGAGGGAGGUGCUGGGGACCUGCCCCGCCGUGCUGCUGGAGGAACCGCGCAGCCUCCACCACCACUUCCAGUACGCGUACUUCAGGAUGGGGGUCCAGCAGAAGGAGAUGGUGAAGGCCCGCCUUUUCCGAAUGCCCUUUGCCGAGCUCAGGAACCGGCACAUCUUCCUGGAGCGCCGGGGACUCUACCAGACCCCGCACAAAGGCCAGACCCAAACCAGUAACCCGAAACUAAAGGACAUCCUUCAGCUCCCCGAAAAAGACUUCCUGGCCAGCCUGGCCCGCUCCACUCCAGAGGAGUACGAGGUCUUCAAGAAGCUGCUGGCUCGAGAGGAGGAGGAAGAGGCGAAGGAAGAGGAGGAUGGAGAGGAGGACAGGGAUGCACUAUAUGCAGAGGACGAUGAAGACUUGGACAAGUGAGGGAGGUAAAACAGUGAGGAGGUGAGGCUCCAAGGUGCUGCAGGUCCCUGGCCCCGCCACGCUCCUGGGUGCUCUGGGCCCCCACCCCACCCAGGCACGCGCUGUUGCUGGCUGCAGGGCUCCAUGUGCGGGCCCUGCUGAGGGCGGCAAUAAAUGUCAUAUAUCAGAAUACGAGAAUAACCCCCUCCCCCCCUCAUUGACCAACUACUUUAAAAAAUAUCCAGUUUCCAUAAAGUGUUUUUAUUAAAAAAAAAAAACCAACAAACCACAAUAACUAAUUUAUUUCCAAGGCUGGGUUAAAACCUACAUAUUGUGCUGGCUUUGGGGCAGGCGGCUGCUGUGGCAGCUCGCAGUGGGGCCACGCUUCCCGUCGCUGUGGGGCCAGGCCCCGGGGCAGCACCGAAAUGGGACUGUCCCAUGGCAGGGCCGUCUCCACCUUCGCAGCCUGUGUCGGCGCUGGUCUCGUGGCUGACAAGGCAGGGGUAGAAAUGCUUUCUGACCACGGCCCCAAAACCUCCCCUUCCCUCACAGACAGCAGCGGCUCUUCUGCC